AUGAGUCAUAACCCGGAGGUGCUUUGGGCUCAGCGUUCUGAUAAGGUUUACCUAACCGUCGCAUUACCUGACUCGAAGGACAUUUCAGUCAAAUGUGAGCCUCAGGGACUAUUCAGUUUCUCUGCUAUUGGUGCCCAAGGCAAGCUCUUUGAAUUCAGCUUGGAGCUCUAUGGGAAGAUUGUGCCUGAGUUUCGAAAGAAUGUUGGGCUAAGGAACAUGAUAUUCUCGAUCCAGAAAGAAGAGAGAAGCUGGUGGCCACGACUUCUGAAAUCCGAAGACAAACCUGCACCUUACAUCAAAGUCGACUGGAAUAAAUGGUGUGAUGAAGAUGAGGAAGGCAACUCUGACACGGCGUCUGAUGAUGAGAGUGCAUUUGUUGAUGAAGACGGUGAAAGCAGCGAUGAUGAUGGAUUGCUCUAUCUUCCAGACCUGGAAAAGGCAAGAAACAGCUAG